AUGUUCUGGCUAGGACCUCUGAAGGGAGGACUGAGUAGUAAGAGAUCACGUGGCGUGGUAGAGAAAUGCAACAGGCUUGAUACGCCUGACAGCGUGAGUCAGGAUCAUAAGACCUGGGAGGAAUGGCUCCUUGUUGGUACCAAACAAGGGCAUCUUCUGCUUUACAGGAUCAAGAAAGACAUAGUGCCAGGAGAGGUUAUGUCAUCAGAAAGUGUCUGUUGCAAUAGGUUUGAAGUGACACUAGAGAAAUCCAACAAGAACUUCUCAAAAAAGAUUCAGCAGAUUCAUGUUGUUUCUCAGUUUAAAAUUCUGGUCAGUCUAUUAGAAAAUAACAUUUAUGUCCAUGACCUGCUGACAUUUCAACAAAUCACCACGGUUUCCAAGGCAAAAGGUGCAUCUCUCUUCACUUGUGAUCUUCAGCAGUCAGAUACAGGGGAAGAGGUGCUGAGAAUGUGUGUGGCAGUGCGGAAGAAGCUACAACUAUAUUUUUGGAAAGACAGAGAGUUUCAUGAGCUACAGGGGGAUUUCAGUGUACCUGAUGUACCCAAGUCUAUGGCCUGGUGUGAAAACUCCAUCUGUGUAGGCUUCAAGAGGGACUAUUACCUCAUACGUGUGGAUGGAAAAGGAUCCAUCAAAGAACUGUUUCCCACAGGGAAGCAACUGGAACCAUUGGUAGCUCCUGUAGCAGAUGGAAAAGUUGCAGUUGGCCAAGAUGACCUAACAGUUGUGCUCAAUGAAGAAGGAAUCUGUACUCAGAAAUGUGCUUUGAAUUGGACAGAUAUUCCUAUCGCCAUGGAACACCAGCCUCCGUACAUCAUUGCUGUUCUGCCCAGGUAUGUGGAGAUCCGCACUUUUGAACCCCGGCUGCUGGUACAGAGUAUCGAGCUCCAGAGACCACGCUUCAUCACCUCUGGAGGCACAAAUAUUAUAUAUGUGGCAAGUAAUCACUUUGUUUGGCGGCUCAUUCCGGUGUCCAUAGCCACACAGAUCCAGCAGCUUCUGCAGGACAAGCAGUUUGAGCUGGCUUUGCAGUUGGCAGAAAUGAAAGAUGAUUCAGAUAGUGAGAAGCGACAACAAAUUCACCACAUAAAGAACCUCUUUGCCUUCAAUCUCUUCUGUCAGAAGCGCUUUGAUGAAUCCAUGCAAGUUUUUGCCAAGCUUGGUACAGAUCCCACUCAUGUGAUGGGUCUGUAUCCUGACCUCCUGCCCACAGAUUACAGGAAACAGCUACAAUAUCCCAACCCCCUGCCAGGGCUUUCUGGGGCAGAGCUGGAGAAGGCACAUUUAGCUCUGAUAGACUACCUAACUCAAAAAAGAAGUCAGCUGGUGAAGAAGCUAAAUGAUUCUGACCAUCAGUCCAGUACCUCGCCACUCAUGGAAGGAACACCCACAAUCAAAUCCAAAAAGAAGCUGCUACAAAUCAUUGAUACCACCCUGCUAAAGUGUUACCUCCAUACAAAUGUAGCACUGGUGGCACCAUUGCUACGUCUGGAGAACAAUCACUGCCAUAUUGAGGAGAGUGAGCAUGUGCUAAAGAAGGCACACAAAUAUAGUGAGCUGAUAAUACUGUAUGAGAAGAAAGGUCUGCAUGAGAAAGCAUUACAGGUACUGGUGGAUCAGUCAAAGAAAGCCAACUCACCUUUGAAGGGUCAUGAGAGGACAGUGCAAUAUCUGCAGCAUUUGGGCACAGAGAACUUGCACUUGGUAUUUUCUUACUCUGUCUGGGUGCUAAGAGAUUUUCCUGAAGAUGGACUGAAGAUAUUUACAGAAGACCUUCCUGAAGUGGAAGCAUUGCCACGAGACAAAGUGCUCAGUUUCUUGAUAGAAAAUUUUAAAAGCUUGACUGUUCCUUACCUGGAACACAUCAUUCAUGUCUGGGAAGAAACCGGUGCAGACUUUCACAACUGUCUGAUCCAGCUGUACUGUGAGAAAGUACAGGGCUUAAUGAAAGAAUAUCUCAGUUCUUUCCCUGCAGAUAAGACUCCAGUGCCUGCUGGGGAGGAAGGAGGAGACUUGGGGGAUUACCGGAAAAAGCUUCUACUUUUUUUGGAGAAGUCUAGCUGGUACGAACCUAGUCGACUAAUUAGUGACUUCCCCUUUGAUGGUCUCCUAGAAGAACGUGCUCUGCUGUUGGGUCGUAUGGGGAAGCAUGAGCAAGCUCUGUUUAUUUAUGUUCAUAUUUUGAAGGACACCAACAUGGCUGAAAACUACUGCCAUAAACAUUAUGAGAGAAACAAAGAUGGCAACAAAGAUGUCUAUCUGUCACUGCUGCGGAUGUAUCUCUCCCCACCUAGUGUGCAUUGCCUGGGACCAAUCAAGAUGGAAGUGCUGGAGCCUCAAGCCAAUCUGCAGGCAGCUCUGCAGGUUUUGGAGCUACAUCACAGCAAACUGGAUACCACCAAGGCAAUAAACCUACUCCCAGCAAAUACACAGAUUAGUGAGAUUCGAAUCUUCUUAGAGAAAGUGCUUGAAGAAAAUGCUCAGAAGAAAAGAUUUAAUCAAGUACUCAAGAAUCUUCUCCAUGCAGAGUUUCUGAGGGUCCAGGAGGAGCGGAUCUUGCAUCAGCAAGUGAAGUGCAUUAUUACAGAGGAGAAAGUGUGCACUGUAUGUAAAAAGAAGAUAGGUAACAGUGCAUUUGCUCGAUACCCUAAUGCAAUAGUUGUGCAUUAUUUCUGCUCCAAAGAAGUCAACACAUUGGACACCUGACCUUGUCAUGGUCAAUAAUCCCAACGUUCAUAUGAAAUUCAGAACUGAUGACUUAAGUUGAUGCCUCUAAGAUGUUUGAGGCUUGUUGCUAGGUUCACAUAUACUGGGUAGAAGUCGUUUGUAUCUGUGGACUGACUGUACCUAUCUGGCAAUAUUGAUUUACUAGAAAAUGACUUUAACCAUGUUAUUACAGUGCUGGCAACUACACUGAACCUCUCAGUACUCAGAUGAAGAAUAGAAGCUGAUUUUUGUAGUGAGUUUUGUAUUGCUCUCCAAC